AUGUUCUCAAAAGCUGCCUACUUCCUGACUCUGUUGAGUCUGGCCACCACUGGGGCCUAUCAAACUUGCGAAGUACCUUUUGGAGGUGAUGGUGUUGAUGACACUCAAGGUCUCAACGCUCUCCUACCAAACUGCUCAAGCGACGCAGCGAUAGUCUUCAAAGAAGGCGUAACUUACAAUAUCUCGACUCCAGUCAAUUUCGGUAAUCUAUCCAAUGUUGAGAUUCAGUUCCUUGGUAACUUGGAUUUACCUAAAUCCAUUCCAUACGUUCAAUCAUUGGUGAAUGCCACUACCGGUGGAAGAUUGUAUUGGUUCACUAUGCAAGGAACAAAUAUCACUUUAUCCGGAAACAAGCAAAAUUCAGAUCAAGGAUGGAUUGAUUCUUAUGGUAUCCCAUGGUGGCAAGAAGCUCAAUACACUCAACCAUUAGGUGGACUUGCCAAUAGACCUCAUGGUUGGAGUAUAACUGCGAAUAGUUCUACAGUCCGUUAUAUGAAAUUAAGAAAGCCUGUUGCUUGGAGUUUCUCUUUGACAGGAAAUGAUAACCACGUUUACGGGAACAAGAUUGAUGCUGCGUACGAUCUUGACAAUCCAGGAGUCUUCCCCUUCAAUACCGAUGGAUAUGAUAUCAAAGGUAACAAUGUCCUAUUCGAAAACAAUUGGGUGUUUAAUGGAGAUGAUUGCGUUGCAGUCAACUCUGGUAACAACAUCACAGUGAAAAAUAUGGUUUGUGAAGGUGGUCAUGGUGCAUCAUUAUCUUCAGGAAACGGCGUCAGUAACGUACUUUUCGAUAAUAUCACUUCUAUCAACUCCUUGUAUGCUACGAGAUUCAAAUCUAGCUUAAACGCAGUUGGUAAUAUCACAAAUGUAACAUGGUCUAACAUUCACGUACACAAUGCGACUUUCCCGAUUUUUGCCACUGGUGUAUAUUAUGACCAAAAUACAAAUCGAGGUAGAACACCAGGAGUGUACCCGGCGAAUUCGACCGCUACUCACAUCAAGAAUUUCUCUUGGAUUAACGUCACCGGUACUAUCAGUGAUGUAUACACCGGUGAUGGAAGUUGUACCACCGAUCCAUGCUGGUACUAUGUCGCAAAUGCUACCAACACCGCUGCUAUCACUCUUCAAUUAUUAAAUGGAACUGCCACUAAUAUCCAAAUCCAUAAUGUCAACCUCAAACCGGUCGACGGUAAAGGUACUCCUAAUGUAGUUUGUGAUCCAUCAAGUUUCACUGAUGGAACUGAUAAUCUUGGAUUUAAGUGUGUCAACGGUCCUUAUGUUCCUAAUUAG